AUGUCCAUAGACCCAGCGGCCAACCUGCCUUUCUUCUACGGCAGUAUCAGCCGUGUGGAGGCUGAGCAGCAUCUGAAGCUGGCCGGGAUGGGAGAUGGCCUCUUCCUGCUGAGGCAGUGUCUACGCAGCCUGGGAGGAUAUGUGUUAUCCCUGGUCUGGAAGCUGCACUUCCAUCACUACUCUGUGGAGAGGCAGCUCAACGGCACCUUCUGCAUCGCAGGGGGGAAGCCUCACCGUGGUCCCACGGAGCUGUGCCACUACUACAGCAAAGACCCAGACGGGUUGGUGUGUGUGCUGAAGAAGCCCUGCCUCAGAACCCCUGACACCCCUGUGAGGCUGGGGGUGUUCCACAGUCUGCAGGACAACAUGCUGCGGGAGUAUGUCCGCCAGACAUGGAACCUGGAGGGGGAGGAGAUGGAGCAGGCCAUCCUCAGCCAGGCUCCCACUCUGGAGAGACUGAUUGCCACCACGGCCCAUGAGAGGAUGUCCUGGUUCCACGGGCACAUCUCCAGACAGGAGGCGGAGAGGCGGCUGUACUCCGGAGCGCAACCAGACGGAAAGUUUCUCGUAAGAGACAGAGGUGCAGCUGGAACGUUCGCUCUCUCCAUGGUGUAUGGGAAAACUGUGUACCACUACGAGAUCUUGGAGGAUAAAUCAGGAAAGUACUCCAUGCCCGAGGGAACCAAGUUUGACACCAUCUGGCAGCUGGUUGAAUAUUUGAAGCUGAAACCAGACGGCCUGCUCACGUGUCUGGGAGAGGCCUGUUCCAAUGGCAAAUCUGCAGAAAACAUGCCAAAUCUGCCUGCAACAAGGAGGGCUGUUCAAAAUGGAUAUGUGCCGCCACCUAGAGAGCGGGAGCUGCUGCCCAUGGACGACAGUGCGUACCACAACCCCCAAGAGCUCAAGAAGUUCCACAUUGAGCGCUCCACACUAAUCCUGGAUGAGGUGGAGCUGGGCUCAGGAAACUUCGGCUGCGUCAAAAAAGGAGUCCUCAAAACGGACAAGGGCCAGGUGGAUGUCGCCAUCAAAAUGUUGAAGAAUGACGAUAACCGGCUGGUGAAGGAAGAGAUGAUGAGGGAGGCAGAGAUCAUGUACCAGCUCAAUAACCCGUAUAUUGUUCGCAUGCUGGGGCUGUGUGAAGCAGAGAGCCUCAUGCUGGUGAUGGAGAUGGCCUCUGUGGGACCCCUCAACAAGUUCCUCUCAACCAAAAGGGACAGUGUGACGACCGCGAACAUUGUGAACCUCAUGCACCAGGUGUCUGUAGGCAUGAAGUAUUUGGAGGAGAAGAACUUUGUGCACAGAGACCUGGCAGCUCGAAAUGUCCUGCUGGUCAAACCAAACUAUGCCAAGAUCAGUGACUUCGGCCUGUCCAAGGCUCUUAACGCGGAUGAGAGCUACUACAAGUCUCGUGGUGGAGGAAAAUGGCCUCUGAAGUGGUACGCUCCCGAGAGCAUCAGCCAUCACAAGUUCUCCAGUAAGGGCGACGUGUGGAGCUUUGGCGUCACCAUGUGGGAGGCCUUCUCUUAUGGGGGAAAGCCAUAUAAGAAACUGAAAGGCCAGGAUGUGUUUGACUUCAUCAAGAGUGGCCAGAGGCUUGAGUGUCCGGCGGACUGCCCGGAGCUCAUGUAUGCUCUGAUGCUAGACUGCUGGAUCGCUGAACUUGACAAACGGCCCGACUUCAAGAAGGUGGAGGAGAAAAUGAGAUCCUUCCACUUCAUGAUAUCGAACCAUACUGGUGGGGAAGGAACUGCCACGAAGGCCCUGGACUAA